UUUGAGUACACUAGUAAAACCAGAAUCAAUCACUGAAACGCAAAAUCGACAGCAAACCCCACCGCAGAUCCAUGGCUUCUCCGGCCAUCUCCCGAUCUCCCCUCCAACGCUCCUCCACCUUCAAAACCACCGCCAUCCCCUCCACCCCGAUCUCCUCCGCUGCAACCCCGCACCCCCUCGCCUCCUCCCCCCUGGACACCUUCUCCUCCGAUCCAAUCCUCUCCGCCUUCCUCUCCCCCGACUUCAAUCCCACCCAAUUCUCCUCCUCCGCCCUCUCCUCCGGCUCCGCCGCCUCCCGAAUCGAGAAGCUCCAGGACGGCCUCCGCCUCCUCGACACGCAGCUCCGCCACGAGGUCCUCUCCCGCCACCACGAUCUGCUCCACCAGCUCUCCUCCAUCAAAUCCACCGAAUCCUCCCUCUCCUCCCUCCGAUCCUCCAUCUCCUCGCUCCAAUCCUCCCUCCGCCGCGCGCGAUCGGAGCUCUCCGAUCCCCAUCGCGUCAUCUCUAUACAGACUGUACAGCUCAACAACCUUCAUUCGACUUCGUUGCUGCUCCAGAACACGCUCCGGACCCUCCGCCUCAUUCAGAAGCUCAGGCAGCUUGUGGAUUCGCAGCCGGAUGCGUCGAAAUGGGAUCUCUCCAAGGCGGCUCAAUUGCAUUGCGAGAUUUUGACGCUCUGCAACGAGUCACAUUUGUCGGGAAUCGAUGUGGUUGAUGCUGAAUUGAAAUGGGUGAUUGAGAUGGGGUCGAAAAUACGGGAGGAGGGGAUGAAGGUAUUGGAGAAGGGGCUUGAGAGUUUGAAUCAACCGGAAGUAGGGUUAGGGUUGCAGGUUUUCUACAAUAUGGGCGAAUUGAGGGGGACGGUGGAUGGUUUAGUGAGCAAGUAUAAGCAGAUGGGGGUGAAGAGUGUGGGUACCGCGUUGGAUAUGAAGGCGGUUUCGGGAGCUGGGGUUUAUGGUGGUGGAGGUCCCGGAGGGGUGCAGAGGCACGGGACGCCACAGAUUGGGGGCGGGGUGAAGGCGAGGGAGGCUCUUUGGCAGAGGAUGAGUGGUUGUAUGGAUCAAUUGCAUUCGAUAAUGCUUGCUGUUUGGCACUUGCAGAGGGUGCUGUCGAAGAAGAGGGAUCCGUUCACUCAUGUUCUGUUGCUGGAUGAAGUCAUGGAGGAUGGUGACCCGACACUAACUGAUCGCGUCUGGGAUGCGUUAGUUAAGUCUUUUGCAAACCAAAUGAAGUCUGCUUUCACUGCAUCGAGCUUUGUCAAGGAAAUAUUCACUGUUGGGUAUCCUAAGCUGCUACCAAUGAUUGAGAAUCUUCUUGAUAGAAUCUCUCGAGAUACAGAUGUGAAAGGAGUUCCACCAGCACUGACUUUAGAGGGCAAGGAACAAAUGGUAGCUGCUGUUGAGAAUUUUGAGACAGCAUUUUUAGCCCUGUGCUUGAGUAGACUGUCAGAUCUUGUAAAUUCUGUAUUUCCAUUGUCAAGCCGUGGAAGUGUUCCCUCCAAAGAGCAUAUAUCUAGAAUCCUUUCUCGGAUUCAGGAAGAGAUCGAAGCCGUUCAGUCAGAUGCACAUUUGACUCUUCGCGUCUUGCGUCAAAUCAGUAAAGUUUUGCUUCUACUAGCAGAAAGAGCAGAAUGCCAGAUUUCUACGGGCCCUGAAGCACGCCAAAUAUCUGGUCCGGCAACCCAUGCACAGCAGAAGAACUUCAUGUUGUGUCAGCAUCUCCAAGAAGUUCAUACUCGCGUGACAUCUAUGAUAGCAGGACUCCCCUCCAUUGCUUCUGAUGUUCUAUCCCCAGCUCUUGGCACAAUAUACGGUGUUGCUGGUGAUUCAGUGUCUUCCUUGUUUCAAGCCAUGCUCGAGCAUCUCGAGUCCUGCAUCUUGCAGAUUCACGAACAAAAUUUCGGUACUCUCGGCUUAGAUGCUGCCAUGGAUAACAAUUCAUCUCCUUACAUGGAAGAACUGCAAAAAAGUAUCUAUCACUUCCGAUCCGAGUUCUUGUCCAAAGUCUUACCUUCUUCAGGAGCCAUCUCUGCUGGAACAGAGACAAUAUGCACAAGGCUGGUAAGGAGCAUGGCUUCUCGAAUCCUUGUAUUCUUCGUUAGACAUGCAUCGCUCGUUAGGCCACUGUCCGAGUCAGGGAAGCUGAGAAUGGCCAGGGACAUGGCCGAGCUUGAGCUGGCAGUUGCCCAGAACUUGUUUCCAGUCGAGCAGCUAGGUGCACCAUAUCGAGCCCUCAGAGCAUUCCGCCCUGUUCUUUUCCUCGAGACGUCUCAACUGGGAUCAUCGCCACUUCUUCAAGAUCUUCCCCCGAGUGUCAUACUCCACCAUCUCUACUCAAGAGGCCCCGAAGAACUGCAGUCUCCUCUGCAACGAAACAAGCUCACGCCUCUCCAGUACUCGCUGUGGAUGGAUUCCCAAGGGGAGGAUCAGAUAUGGAAGGGCAUCAAAGCAACUUUGGACGAUUACGCUGCGAAUAUCAGAGUCAGAGGGGAUAAGGAGUUCAGCCCGGUUUAUCCAUUGAUGCAGAAAAUUGGUUCUUCUCUAACAGCAAGAUGAUCUUUGCAUUUGGAGGAUCUGUUUGUAAAUCUUGCCUUCUACAGAGGCUGUUACACUUGCUCUCAAAUCUUUUAUUUUUGCAAUGUUUACCUGUACUGAUUUAUAGAAAAACAGCAUGAUAUAUAGAUUUAAGUUCUUGAAUUUUUUUCACA